AAGCAAAGUAUCAGAAGCUGUGAGAACAAGUUACCUUCCUGGAACCGUCACCAGCAACUAAUCACGAUCUCAAGCGACUAAACGUCUACUGAACUCUCAACAGUUGACACAUUCAAAAAUGAAAUCUACUUUCUACGUCACUGUUUUAGCGCUUUCCUGGAUAACCUCAUUGGCUUUUGAUGAAGAAUCAACAGCAACAAAUGAGCCUACCUGGAUAACCUCAUUGGCUUUUACUGAAGAACCAACACCAACAAAUGGAGAAGAAAAACCCAAAACAGGUGGCGAUAAAGGAGAAAAAGGAGAGCCUGGAUCUCCAGGUAUAAUCGGAUUGCCCGGUCCAAAAGGAGAUCUCGGACCAAAGGGUGAUUAUGGAGACAAAGGUUCACCAGGUGGGAAAGGGAAGAAGGGUGAUACUGGAGACGCACCACCGUUUAGCAUGAACUGGAAGCAAUGUACUAGGAAUGAGGGUAAUGACAAACGAAACGGAGUAUUGCUCAGUUGCCUCUUCAAAAAAUAUCGUACUGGCACAGCACUACAUGUGGAAUUUGGAGGGACUCUACGAACAAUGCUCAACGAAGUGAAGCCUGUGGUUUGCGCUCGAUGGUACUUUACAUUUGAUGGAGAAGAAUGCCAACCGCCAAUUGAUGGGGUUGUGUUUGAGGGACAAAGAGGCAAUUCACAUUAUCCACACCAAAUCGGUGGGUUUUGUCAGAAGACGAUGGCAGACAAAGACAUCACAAAAGGUAUGGUUAACAUCGAGUUUCGAAUUGGGAAGUGUCAUCAUUAUAGCCGACAAGACGAAGGCAUCACUUAUCUUGGCUUAGAUUCUGUCUCACGAGUAAUAAUCACAGAAGUGCCACCACCUCAAAAGUAAAGUUGGGUUGUGAACUCCUGUAUGACUGAUGACUUUUGUGCUAGUUAGCUACACACAGCAAAGCAUAGUUUCUACGUAUCUAGCUGUCUGCCAUUUACUGUUUGUGUUCAUUAUUUCAAUAAGCAGUUAGAUUAUGCAUCUUGCUGAUUAGUGGCAUAAGCAAACGCUGUUGCAAUUUGAAAUGCAGUCAAAACUCAUACUUGUCUCUCAAUGCUGCUGCUUGGUGGGCAAUAAUAUUUUCUCCAUUCAGUUGCAUCCUAAUCAAGUGUGCUGUAUAUUCUAUAUUUCUUUCAAUAUGUGAAAAUUAAAGUU